AUGAUAACUAAUCAGCUCACAUUUCUCCUGCUGUUGUCCAUCCUGGAGUGGAGCUCAGCCUUGCUCCGCCCAGUGCCUGGUUUUAGCACAGCUGAUAAGGAUGGACGAAGGCUUCACCGUUCUAAGCGUGGAUGGAUGUGGAAUAGUUUCUUUCUCUUGGAGGAGUGGACCGGAAGUGGGAAGCAAUAUGUAGGCAAGCUUCAUUCUGAUAUGGACACAGAGGAUGGUUCUGUGAAGUAUGUCCUUACUGGAGAUGGAGCAGGCACAAUUUUUGAGAUUGAUGAAAACUCUGGAGAUAUUCAUGCCACCAGAAGAUUAGACAGAGAGGAGAAAUCCUCAUACACGCUCAGUGCUAAAGCAGUCAACAAAACAUCUGGACAUGUCCUGGAGAGGGCCUCAGAAUUCAUCAUCAAAAUCCAUGACAUCAAUGAUAAUGAGCCAAAGUUCAGUAAGGACACUUAUGUGGCCAGCGUACCUGAGAUGUCCAAUGUUGGUGCAUUUGUGAUGAGAGUAACUGCUACAGAUGCUGAUGAUGAAUCUUAUGGAAACAGUGCCAAGCUUGUGUAUAGUAUACUACAGGGACAGCCAUACUUCUCUGUGGAACCUGAAACAGGUGUGAUAAGGACAGCUUUGCCCAAUAUGAUUCGGGAGAACAGGGAACAUUACCAGGUGGUAAUCCAGGCUAAGGACAUGGCAGGACAGAUGGGUGGUCUCUCAGGGACUGCCACAGUCAAUAUCACACUGUUGGAUGUCAACAACAGCCCUCCUCGCUUCCCUCAUAGUGCAUACCAUCUCUCCACGGCCGAGUCAGCUGAACUGGGAUCUUCUGUUGGACGGAUAAAAGCAAAUGAUGCAGAUGCGGGGGAGAAUGCUGAAAUGUGGUACAGCAUUUUGGAUGGUGAUGGGCAGGAUGUAUUCAGUGUCAUCACAGAUGGAAUGACUCAGGAAGGGGUGAUCAUAAUCAAGAAGCCACUAGAUUAUGAAAGCAAGAGGACAUACUCACUGCGUGUUCAGGUAAUGAACACACACCUGGAUCGGCGAUUUGAACAUCUGGGUCCAUUCAGUGACACAGCUACACUCAGGAUCACAGUCACAGAUGUGGAUGAACCACCUGUUUUUGGUCGGACCCAUUAUAUCUUUGAGGUGGAUGAGGACACACUGCCUGGUAGUCCUGUAGGAACUGUAAGUGCCCGUGACCCUGAUGCUGCCAAUCACCUGGUCAAAUACUCCAUUGAUCGACACACCGACCUAGAAAGGCUGUUUAAUAUUGACUCCAACAAUGGUACCAUCAGCACACUGCAAGCUCUGGAUAGAGAGAUGUCCAAAUGGCACAAUGUUUCUGUCCUGGCCACCGAAAUCAGUACAUCUUUACAGACUAGAGUCCCUGUGUUUAUCAAAGUACGGGACGUAAACGAUAAUGCUCCUGAGUUUGCCAUGUAUUAUGAGACCUUUGUCUGUGAAAAUGUCAAAGCUGGACAGCUCAUUCAGACCAUAAGUGCUGUGGAUACAGAUGAACCACUUGUUGCGCAUAAGUUUGUCUUCAGCCUGAGCACAGUCAACCCUAACUUCACCAUUUUUGACAAUGAAGAUAACACAGCACGGAUAUUGACACGGAGAGGCAGCUUCAACCGACAUGAGAUGAGCUCAUACCUGCUGCCCAUUGUGAUCUCAGACAAUGACUACCCUAUACAGAGCAGUACAAGUACUCUGACUGUGCGGGUGUGUGCCUGUGACAGCCGUGGAAACGUGCAGUCAUGCAGCACUGAAGCACUGCUGCUUGCUGCUGGCCUGAGCACUGGAGCGCUCAUCGCUAUCUUACUCUGUAUCAUCAUACUGCUCAUGAUUGUGGUCAUGUUUGCGGCACUGAGGCGGCAGAGGAAGAAAGAGCCUCUGAUCAUUUCCAAAGAGGACGUGAGGGACAAUGUGGUGAGUUACAACGAUGAGGGUGGAGGGGAAGAAGACACACAAGCCUUUGACAUCGGCACUCUGAGGAACCCCGAAGUCAUUGACACCAACAAGAUGAGACGUGACAUCAUCCCAGAAAUGCUCUUCCCCUUUCGACGUGUCUCGCCCAUUAAAAACAAUGCAGACGUGAGGGACUUCAUUAAUAGCCGUCUUCAGGAGAAUGAUUUGGACCCUGCAGCACCACCAUAUGAUUCACUGGCCACUUAUGCCUAUGAAGGCAAUGGUUCACUCGCAGAAUCUCUCAGUUCACUUGAGUCAACAGCAACUGAUGGAGAUCAGGAUUUUGAUUAUCUAAGUCAGUGGGGGCCACCAUUCAAAAAAUUGGCAGAUAUGUAUAUAGGAAAAGAGAUGCAUAGAGAGACAUAA